GACUCAAUAAUCUGUGAACAGAAAUGGAAAACUGUUACUUCCAAUACGGCAUCGUGGCAUGCAUUGCGAUCUUCACAAUCAUCAACCAAUCAGAAGGCAGGGAGCUCCGUCCAUCGGUCCACGGCUUGGUCUACCAAGAUUCUUCACCGCCAGUUAAAGCCAACGGAACCAAAGAAAUGCUAUAUUUCUUCGGUGUAACGACGUCGUCGCCUUCCUCACCGCUGCCGGAGGCCAAGAAUUUCACCGAUCCGGCCACAUGGUGGAGCAAUCAUGCGGUUGGGAGAUCGCGUGGAGAUCACGUUAAGAGGUCCUUGCUUGUGGCCAGCUUAAUCUGUGGACUAACUGGCGUCGUAUUGCUCUCCGUCGCCGGGAUUCUAUUUUUCCUUCGCCUCCGAAAGCAGAAGCAACAAAACUCAUCAUCCGCGUCGGCUCCAACUUCGGCACCUAAUGCUGUUGCUCUUAAGUAAUCUAGAGGUAGUUUUCGGCUUUGGUCAGUUUUACUCUCUCUCUCUCUCUCUCUUCAGUUUUUUCUUUAAUGAAUUUUGUUUAGAUAGGUGUAGUUUCUCUCGAUUGUCCUUGCUAGCUUUCAUCUUCUUAUCAUCAUCUCUCUCUAUGGAAAAUUGAUUUUUUCUACUAAAAUAAUUAUCAGUUGUGUGCGGAUGUGUUUCUUGUUUAGGCCUUAUGAUUAAUUAUUUUCGUGUAAAGUAUUGCCUUAGCGUGAUCUUAGUUUAGUUGUAUAAAUUGAAGUUAAUUUGGUGAAUUCAUUUUUGUUGGAAUACAGAGCAUUUGGUCUUACUAAUUUUAUGGUUGGUUCACACUUAUUGUUUCAUAACUAUGAUAUAACUUUUUUUUUAUUUUCAUUAUUACUUUCAUCUGCAACCAUUCUAUUGCUAGCUUAAAAAAAAUAAAAAAUAAAAAAUAAAAACUUUUCGUGCUGUGCGAAGAGUUUUCUCCAACUCUCUGCAUUGUGCGUGUAUGGAGUCUUCGCACAAAACGAUUUGUGCGUCCAAACUCUCUACCAAACUCUCAAGAGAGUUCGGAGAGUUUGGAGUGUAGAGCAACUCUAAACAAAGUGCGGAGCAUUGCUGUGCAAAUUUUUAUUUAUUUUUUCUUUUUGCUCAGGAAAGUUUACUUCAAUUCUUGAGGUAUUAUCUGCAAACUAAAAUCUCAAAAUCAUUUUUGUAGCAUUUAGAAUUUAGAUGGAAAAAUGCAUUUUCCAUUUUUCAUGUAACCUCCAGUUUUUUAAUUUGGUAAUUGUGAUAGAGUUUAUUGUGAGGCAUAUUAACAUGUUACAAUUUUUUUGUUAUAUUUUGCAGAAAUUGAUGUAAAUGUGUUAUCUUUUCUUUAUAUAUAUAUAUAAAUGUUUGCAUCUCCAACUCCUUUACCAUAAUUCAAAAAAUCUACAAUUUAUACGCUAAUAAAAACUGAAUAAAUACAAAGCUCGUGCAACGCACGUGGCGAUGACUAGUUUUGUUAAAUGAUCAGCUUUUGCAUGUUAGCUAUCUGUCAUGAAGUGAAGCAAACUACCACAAACUCACAGAGUGCACGUGAAUUGGCAUACAAAACUCACCCUCAAAUCGGCUAAUAAGGAGCAACUCAAAAGAAAUCAAGAACUCGGAAGCCAAUGCCUAAAGCAUGGCAGAAAAAAUAAUUGCAAUAUAACUAUCAAAAUUGUAUCCCAAAUCGCUCGUAAAAUGCAUGACUUGUAAAUUUAUGAGCACGUUGGACACUCUCCCCUAUAAGCCAAUUUUAAGGGUGAGUUCUAUACAAAGUGGCUCUUACAAAUAAAUGACUUGUCUAGAACUCAAGGCUUCUAAACAAUGGAUGCAUGGUAUCAAACAACCACCAUUUUCCAUGAUCGGCGGAUGCGAUUUCAGAAGUCAAAAACUAAAAUUCUCCAUAACUUUUCAUACAGAUCGCAUCUGUGGACAGUUUUUACUAGCAAAGUUAAGUAACUCAACUCAAAUUUGGGGAAGAAAACUAUUGCAAUUUGAACUGGUAGUCACAUUACUGGUUGAUUUCCACGACACAUAAAACCAUACCUGA